GGAGUAGUCUUUGAAUCGAAAAGCAGCUGACGCCUUUAAAUGAACUCUUUAGCUUAUAUCUUCAACUUUAUACAGCAUAAAAUAGCUUAAUCAUUAAAAUGAACAUCGGCUGCGCCAUUAGAAUCAAUAAGCGGAUGUCUAAAAGCUGAACAGGAACUUUAGCUAAAGUGUUUUUUUCGGUUUUUAGCUGCUGUUUUUAUCCACCAUUGAGGUUGGGGUGUUUAUUGUUGAGUUAACACAUUAAAUACAAGUUAUAAACUCUGUUUUGGGCCGCGCUGAUUAGCUUUAAUGACAGUGUUGAGUUCUGAACUUUCUCCAUUGGACAGAGGGGCUCGCUCCGUCGAACGUCCGGCCGUUUAUGCAAAUCCGCUCCCGAAUAUGGACACGGAGGAAUGAAAUAUGGUGGAGGAGGCGAACAUGGAGGACCGAGGACCGUGAGAGCGCCGCUGUAGUGUUUUUUUUUUUUUUUUUUUUUUUUUUUUUUCUGGUGGGAGGGGUUUGUUUCAAAAGAAGAAAGUGGAUGUACUUCCAGCGGGACUUUUUAAACGGAGAAUCUCGAUGGAAAGUUGUGUAUUUGCGUUUCUAUUCUCCAGCGCGUCGAGAUAGAGUUAGUUGUAAUGCAGUGAGGAGCAACUUCUUUUUCGGGGGGAUAAAAAGCAGGGCAGGGGGCUUGAGCCCUCUCACCGUCUCGGCGCUAUGCCGUGGGUCAGCAGCGGUAAGCGGAGAGAAAGCUCGGAGCUGCCGCUGCCCGCAGGCUGGGAAGAAGCUAGGGAUUACGAUGGAAGAGUGUUUUUUAUCGACCACAACACCCGGCAAACUUCGUGGAUUGACCCCAGAGAUAGGAUCACAAAGCCGCUGACGUUUGCCGACUGUGUUGGAGAUGAGCUACCUCUGGGAUGGGAGGAGGUCUAUGACCAGCAAGUGGGCGUUUACUACAUUGACCACAUUAAUAAGACCACCCAGAUUGAGAACCCACGGACUCAAUGGCGGCAGGAGCAGGAGCGCAUGCUGAAGGAGUACCUUGUGGUGGCCCAGGAGGCCCUCAAAGCCAAGAAGGAGAUGUACCUGGUCAAGCAGCAGCGACUGGAGCUGGCUCAGCAGGAAAUGUUGCUCUUUCAUGAGCUCUCUGAGGACAACCUCUCCAUCACCAGCACUCUCUCCGGUUCCUCCUCAAAUGCGAAAUACGACCCUGACCAAAUCAAAGUGGAAAUAGCCUGUAGGCGAGAGCGGCUCUCCAGACUGAAGCAGGAGCUGGCCCAGGUGAAGCAGGAGCUACAGUAUAAGGAAAUGGGAGUGGAGACCCUGCAGGAGAUUGACAGAAAGAUGUCCUGCAGUCAAACAAACUACAAGCUGGACGAGGCUCAGGCCAUCUUCAGCGAGCUGCGGAGCAUCAAGAAGGCUAUCAGCACAGGCGAGAAGGAGAGGCAGGACCUCAUCCAGAGCCUGGCUAAGCUGACUAUUAACUUCCAAAGCAACCUGUCAAUCAGCGACUCGGCCAGCGAGGUGGCGAACAGCACUGGAACCACGGGUGACUUGUGCAGUCUGCAGCAGUACUGUGACACGGGCUGUCAGACUGAUAUCAUGGGAGAGUAUGGUUCCCAAGAUUCCUCCCAUUUAGUGGACAAAGUGAAACUCAACUGGCAGUACGAGGAGGCCAAGAAAAAGGUGCAGAGUAUACAGCACCAGCUAGCACAGCUGGACAGUGAGAGCUGGUCUGGGCGGGCCGAGGCGGACCGGGACCGGGACUUCAUGCAGCUCCUGCGUGAGAAGGAGGCCCUCCUGCAGGAGAUCAUCCUGGUGAGCAAGCAGCAGCACUCGCCGGAUACGCUGGUGCAGCUGGAGGAGGAACGCUCCAGGCUAGAGGAGGAGGUGCAGAGGGCCCACAGCUCCCAGAGCCAAGGAGCCAAUCAGAGGAUGCUGCAGCAGGAGAAGAGGAACGCUCUGCUCAGACAGCUGGAGGAGGCAACACGCAUCACCACUUACCUUCAUUCCCAGCUGAAAAGCCUGUCGGCCAGCUCCCUGACGGUGUCGUCCAGCAGCAGCCGUGGGUCUCUGGCCUCCAGCCGGGGUUCCCUGGCCUCCAGCCGAGGCUCCCUCAGCUCCAUCAGUUUCAGCGACAUCUACGGUGUCCCCCAGUACGAGCGCCACGACGGGGCCGGGGAGCCACUUGACCCCCACUUCCGUUACCUGCUUCCCCCAGAGACCACGUCUAGAGACUGCUCCAUGUUCACCGCCGACCCACUGACCCAGAGCAAAACCAAACGCUCCCAUGACACCCCCCAGUCCCUGGCAUCCCUUUCCUCUCGCUCUUCACUUUCCUCCUUAUCACCGCCCAGCUCCCCGAUGGACACGCCGUACCACUCUGCUCCCCAGGACUGCCCCCUCACCCAGAUGACGGAGGAGUACAUGGAGCAGGCGCGAUGCGGUCUGUUAGAGGGGUUGCGGGUUCAGUCUCAAACCCUUUCACACACCGCCAUGUUGAGCAGCGAUGACGCAGCGAGCCCAGCCGCCAUGCAUCAGCUGGAUAACAAGAGUCACAGAGACAGCGGGGCUCAGACAACGUUCAACUCCACAGGAGUGACUCUGAGAGGAAACAGCGCUAACAGAAGUGGCAGGAGAGCCAGGAGAGUCUCCGCAGGUGUUUCUGAAGACGCUCUGGCCACGGACAGCGGUGUGUUUGAGGCGUGGGGCAGAAGGGCAGAGGAGUUUGACGAGCUUUCGUACAUCAAAGAGCUUUCGUCUGCAAGUGAGCCCACCCAGAUCCAGCUGGGGCUGUUGUUGGAGUCGACUUCUCAGUCUCUUCGACUGCACCUGCUGCAGCUGAAGAAUCUGAAUAGCUCGGUUGUGAGAGAUGGUUAUAAAGUGUUCGUGAAGGUGCACUUGAUUCCACUGGACGCCAGCAGGGCCUGUGCGUUUUACUGUUGUACAGCGUUGGAGCCACAAUGCCAGAUGAGUUUCAACGAAGGCUUCCGCAUACCUGUCCCCGCAAACGCCCUGACGGUGUGCGCUCUGCAGCUGUCGGUCUGUUCGCUGGGACCUCAGGCUCAGGAGGAGCUACUGGGUACAGCCCAGGUUAGCCUGGCAGACUGCGAGGGAAGUGCAGAGAUGGUUUACCACUGGCUGAGAGUCCACAUGCUGAAUGGGACAGAGCUGCAAAGGCCUGAACAAAAGAGCCUUAGCCACCGCAGACACCAUGACGGCCAGGAUGACGAACACAGACCCAGAGCCAUGGAUAACAUGAGCAAUCUGCUGUCACGCAACACCACCACCCACCAGGAGGAGCAGAACACUGAGCUGGAGCUGCAGAGGUUUGAGAAGAAGGACGAGCGUGGGGAGGCCACAUCUGAAAGGAGUUGGCAAGCAGAGUCUGUGGACAGUGGCUGCAGCAACAGCACGGCGUUCGCGACUCCCUGCUCAGAGGGCCUGUGGGCUGAGGGCGUCUGCAUCACCACUGGAGGGCGCUGUGAUCGGGCAGCCAGCAAGCAGUCUACAAUAAAGGUUGAAAAAGCCACCAUGACAGAGGGCCUGUUCCCAGAGCCGGUGAGAGUUCGGCCCAAAGAGAGGGGAGGUCGCUGGGGCCACGCCUCGCCAUUCAUGCGUGGCAGCACCAUUGUUCGCUCUCAGACCUUCUCACCCGGUGCACGGAGUCAGUAUGUCUGCAGGUUGUAUCGCAGCGACAGUGACAGUUCAACUUUACCAAAGAAGUCCCCUUUUGUCAGAAACACGUUGGAAAGAAGAACAUUGCGGUAUAAGCAGCAGUCGUACCGCUCAUCCCUGGCCGAGCAGCCAACACGCACCUCCCUGGACCUGGAGCUGGAUCUUCAGGCUUGCAGGACCCGUCAGAGGCAGCUGACAGAGGAGCUGAGCGCCCUGAGAGAACUGAAGCUGCGAUUGGAGGAGCCCCAGUCGAGGGAGGGCACUGAGCUCCCCCACUGGGCCCUGAGGGACGAGCACUUCCGCUGCUUACUCAGAGAGGCCCAGAGACAGGCCAACCAAAGCAAGCAGGAACAGCGUCAAGAGGAGGCAGCAGAGAGGAGGCUGAGGAAGGCUUCCAAAGAAGUUCUUCAGAUGAGAGGGCAAAGCCAGAAGGAGCCCCUGCCUGUGCAGACAUUCAGAGAGAAGAUGGCUUUUUUCACCAGACCAAGGUUCAACAUACCUCCUUUACCAGCUGACGAUGUAUGAGAACUCACCUCUGUAUUAUCUGACUAAACAUGAAGUAUUUGUCACAGUUUCUGAGCUGAUGAAGUACAAAGUUCUUUCUAUGAUAGCUACAGGACAGCGACCUGCAGAUGAAGAUCCAGAUUUUUUACAUUUUCAGAAGCAUUCAUGUGGCUGUUACAAACACAAACACAGUUACUGACGACAGCCCGGCUGUACAAAAUCCUUUUUUGGGGAAGAGGACUUUCAAUUAUCUUUUUACUCCUGAGUUACUUCUAUUUGUCUAUUUGUGCUUGAAAAAAAGACAAAAAAAAAAAAGCUGGAAGACGGGAACAAAAGUCAGUUUGGACAAAUUCACUGUACUGUAACUUAUUUUAUAGUACUUUUCCUUGAAGGAAAUAAAACACUUCCUGCUUUUUAAAUGUAUUUUGUAGCUUUGAACAAAUAGCACUUCAGAGUUUUUACAUACAGUAAAUGAACUAUUGUCUAUGUGCUUCUGUUACUUAAUUCUUAAGAGUUAUUUACAUAAAAUGUCACUGUGUAAUCCACUUUUAUUACAGAUGUCAUUGUUAUUUUGUGCUUAUGUUAUUAAAAUUAAUAUUAUUUCAUGUA